GUCAACCAAGCAAGCAGCUCUACGUUUCCUUUCCCCUUCCAAACCAACACCAAUUCACCUUGACUCUCCCCGCCCUUUGGGUGACGGAGUAGUGCCUGCGUACAUACACUACACACCACUAUCUCGAGUCUCGUCCACCAAACACCCACCCAACCCAACCUACAAUGUCCUACACCUCUUCCUUCCUCUUCACCAAACCGAACCCUCCUCCACCCGUGCGCCCUCAGCGUCGCUCCCCCUUCGCGACCAAAUCCUCGCUCCACCUCCACCUCUGCCUCGUUUCCGGCGAGAAGUAUGAACACGAAAGCAGCGCCAAGCAGCCCGAUCUGCGCCGGUGCCUCGGCCACGCCCGCGUCCAUGAGAAGUCCAUGGAGCUCGUCAAGCGGGACAUCCAGGUCCACAUCCGCUCCAUGGGCAGCGACAGCGACGAUGACCUCGACAACGACCUGCCCGUCCCACCCCGGCGCUCCCGCCGCGGCUCCAAGCCCUCGUCCGCGGCUCCUGCCCCGGUGAAGUCGGCGGCUGUCAAGUCGACUGUCGUGAAGACCCCGUCCAUCAAAUGGGCCCCGGAACCUACGGAGAGAAAGAGCCUCCUCGACAAAGGCCGCCGGUGCAUGGAGAAGAUCUUCUCCCGCCGGAGUGGCAGUGUGCACUGGUCUCAAUCUGGAGUGCCUGUUGUCGCCUGUUAAACUCGACCUAUUCUUCAC